AUGGCAGCGGAGGAGGAGGAGUACGAGGCGGUGCUGUGCGUGAAGCCGGCCGUGCACGUCUACCGGGUGCCGCCGCGGGCCUCAAACCGCGGCUACAGAGCUGCAGAGUGGCAGCUGGACCAGCCGGCGUGGAGCGGCAGGCUGCGGAUCACGGCCAAGGGCAAGAUCGCGUUCAUUAAGCUGGAGGACAAGACCUCGGGAGAGCUUUUUGCCCAGGCGCCGGUGGAGCAGUUCCCGGGCAUCGCUGUGGAGAGCGUCACGGACUCCAGCAGAUAUUUCGUCAUCCGGAUUGAAGACGGGAACGGCCGCCGCGCUUUCAUUGGAGUCGGCUUUGUCGACCGAGGGGAUGCUUUUGACUUCAACGUGGCUCUUCAAGACCAUUUUAAAUGGGUGAGGCAGCAGAGCGAGCUGGCCAAACAGGCCGAGAACCCCGAUCAGGGACCCAAACUGGAUCUGGGCUUCAAGGAGGGGCAAACCAUCAAACUCAACAUUGCGAACAUGAAGAAAAAAGAAGGAGCAACGGGGAACGCCAGACCACGUCCCGCGGGUCUUGGGGGCCUGAGCUUGCUCCCGCCACCUCCCGGAGGAAAAUCUUCCGCUUCGGUUUGUCCUUCCAGAGAGCGGCCGUCUGCGCUCUCCGCGCCCGCCCAGCUCCCGGGCACCCCCAUCACAGAUUCCCUCUUGUCCUGGCCGCAGCCUGCUGCUGCUCCCGCCUCCGCCGCCGCCGCCGCCGCCAGCGUUUGGGGAGACUUUGCCAAAGCUUCGGGGUCGGCUUCUAACCAGACUCAGGCCAACGCAGGCUGGGUUCAGUUCUGACCCCGGCCCCUCGUCCGCUUUUCCCUGCGCGGGUGCUGGGAUCGUCGCCAUUCCUUCGGGACCAAAGCAGGAGCUUCGGGACACCCCGCUCCUGCCCUUAAAUCUCCCACCCACCCACCCCCGGCAUCGAAAUGCCGAAAUAAGUGCCGGCGAGCAAAUGAAAGCGUGCCUUAAAACACUCCACACCAGCGCCCUCCGCAGCGGGGGCCUUUUAUUUUCUACCUGGAUCGCAGCAAACCUCCGAAGCUUUUCCUUUCGCAAAACAAAACCAAAAACAAAGCCGUCGGCUUCGUCGCCUCUCCUCGAUAACGAGAGGGCGAGCGAGCGCUCGGAGCAGGGGGGACUCUCGCUCGCAGCGCUCCCCCGAUUCAGGUAACUUUCGCUCAAGGUUUACGCGAUAGAGCUUCCUCGGCGACUUCUCCGCUUUCUCCUCGCGUAUUUGGGCUGGAUAAAUCCUUCCCUCGGCGGGGAGCGUCCUCCUGGAGACGUCUCGCCUGCGAAAUCCGGACGAACGGCCUGCCGAGACGCCGAACGUCGCCCCAAUAUUUGUUUUUUUCUUCCGGAGCGUUUAACUCUGCGACGCGGGAGGUGGGGAGCCGGACCGCUGCGUUUCGAUGCUGAAAUUCCUGAUUUCUUGCUCUGGGAAGUUUGUUUUUUUCCCUCCUCUAUUUCGAAGACGGAUUUUUACUUCUUUCUGCGGACAUUUUAUUAAGCGAUAUAUGCAAUGAAGGACAGAAUGGAGUCGGUCUCUUUGACAGAGCCGGGGUUGAGAUUCCUCUUGAAACAAAUAAAUAUUUUCUUACCUAUUUAUAUUAAGGCCUUUCGGCGUACAAAGCCCUGCUUGGUUUGUUUUUUUUUUUUUUUUUUUCCAGCGCCUUGGAUUUUUAUUAUUUCCAUUUCCAACUGGACGAUGAGCAUUUUGGUUUCCGAGCUUAACUGUGCCUGGCAGCGAGCGCGCAAAAAACCCAGGUGAGAGCUGUAACGCUUCGAAGCGAAUAAUAAAAUGGUUUCGAUGCCAAA